UUUAUCUACAAACGCACACAACGGACAGCACGCUCCUACUCUCUCUCCCUCUCUCUCUUUCUCUCUCUAGGAUAUUUUCGAAAUCGAGUGUAUGGAGCCCGUGUUGGAUCCACCACCGUUACCCGACCAACCAACGGCGGUCUUUCCCGCCACCGACACCGGCCCCGCCGCUGCCAUCCUUACCCCCGCCCAAUCUUACCCCCACAACCAUCCACCUUACGCUGAGAUGAUAACGGCGGCGAUUUCGGCGUUGAAGGAGCCAAACGGAUCGAGCAAGAGGGCCAUAGCUAAGUACAUAGGGGAUCACUACACUGACCUGCCGUCGACGCAUGAGGCUCUGCUGGCUCACCACCUCAAGCAGUUGAAAAUCAAUGGUCAGCUCCUCAUGGUCAAAUACUCCUACAAGCUCCCUGGAUCUGCUCCCCCUCCCAUCCCUGCUCCCAUAAACGGCGCUGUUAACGCCGUUACUUCUGACCCAGCUUCCAAGAGACGGCCAGGGCGCCCUCCCAAGCCCAAGCCCAUGCCUGACGCCGCCCAAGUUGUUGUGCCUGUUUUCCAUCCGGACACAAAUUCUAUACAGUUUGGCACCGAGCCACACCCACAGCCUUAUGUGGCUUCCGCACCCAUUAAUGGGCAAGCAGCUGCUGCUGUGAAACCCCUGAGGGGCCGUGGGCGCCCACCUAAGCUGCACGGGCUUAAGCGGCGGCCUGGCCGCCCACCCAAGGCUGGUGCAGCACCUCCAGUCCAGGUGAGGAAGGGCUCCGGGAGGCCACGUGGAAGGCCACCGAAGCCGAUUAAUGUGGUCCAGGGCUUGGGUUUGGGAGUGGGUGUUCCCGGCAGUGGGGUGCCAGCUGGCCAUGGUGUGCCUGCCACAGUCAGCGGUGGAGUUGGGCCCAUGAAGCGUGGCAGAGGGCGGCCUCCCAAGGCUGGUGGUGUGGCAAAGAAGGCAAGGAAUCUGAGUGCUGUGCGGCCAAAGAAGCUCCGGAAGCUGUCUGGUAAGCCUGUGGGCCGGCCUAGAAAGAAUGCAUCAGCAGGAGCUGUUAAUCGAGCUCCAGAGUCACAGCUCCUAGUGAACUAUCUCGAUCUCAAAGCAAAACUCGAAAAUUUGCAAUCAAGAAUCAGUCAAACGGCAAACUUCAUAAAACCAUAUCUUAACAAUGAAGCUGCCAUAAAUGCAUUGCAAGAGCUUGAGCUGACAUCAGCGAGCAUCACUAUGAUGCCACAGCCUCAGCCUCAGCCUCAGCCCGAACAGUAUCCCCUUCAACAGUCUCAGAACUGAAGAGUGUUGACUUGGCAGCCAAGGAAAGUAAAAAGCAUCUGACUAUCAAAGCUGCGCUGUAUUAUGGAGGCAAAUUAUUAUGGUGACUCAGUGGAAUUCUUAUCAGCAUGCAGACAUGUUAACACUUUGGGUUUCGACAUUUAUUGAUUGUGGAUAAUUUUGCCGAAUAUAUUUCUGUUUCCAGUUUGAUUUAGCCAAAUGCCAUAAAAAACGUUGCUUGUAAUUUGCUGCAGGAAUGCUUCGGCUUUGGAACUCUAGGCAUAGUCCAUCCUUAUGAAAGGUUUUCAGUAACUAAUUAACUAUUGAUACAUUAAUUGUUUUGAUUUAAUUUUUUAUAAUUCAUUUCGCCCAUAAAAAUAAUUGAAUAACAUGUACAGUUCUGCCACUUUGUGUAACUUCAAGUGUUCAAGUUCUUUACUGCGAACAUGUUCUGCACGUACUGUAAGAUAGCAACACAAAAUGGACAAAAU